AAACGUGGAAUCAACAACGCGUCAUUUACACGUUCAAAGGUUAUAACUGCACACAACACAAACUAUUUCACUUUAUAUAAACAAACUAUUAUUUUAAAUUAUAUAUUAGCAACUUGUUCAACUACUAUUUUGAUUCGUAACAAAUGUGUUUAAUUGCGGAUUAUAGCUGGAAACGGAAUGUGAACGCGAAAUGGUCGAAACUGCCGGGUCCUUUAAAUUUACCAAUAUUCGGUGCUAUUUGGAUUUACACGCACGUACAACCUGAUGAACUACUUGCCCUCAGUCGUUAUAUACGCAAACGUUUUGGACGCGUCGUACGCUUCUGGGUGCUGCACGUACAUGGCUUGUUUGUAAGCGAUUUACAUUAUGCACAAGCGCUAUUGAGCCAUUCCACUGAGAUACGCAAGAAUCGCAUGUAUAGUUUACUCACUGAUUGGUUGGGUGACGGACUGCUCGUCAGUUACGGCGCCAAGUGGUUGAGUCGUCGUCGCGUUAUUACGCCCACAUUUCAUUUUAGCAUACUCGAAGAUUUUGUUAGCAUAUUCGAUCAGCAAUCGCAAAUUUUCGCUCGUAACUUGGCAAAGUAUGCAGAUGGUGUGGAAGUUGUGGAUAUAGAAGACGCGUUAGCAUUGGCGACAUUGGAUGUGAUCUGUGAGAGUGCGAUGGGUGUGCGUAUCAAUGCGCAAACCGAUGUGAAUUGUGAAUAUGUGCAGUUGCUAAAGGACAUGCAACGUAUUAUAGUCAAGCGUUAUGUUACAAUAGCUUACCGUCCGAAAUGGCUUUUCCAACUGCUGGCGCCACGUUUGGCGAAGCAACAUUUUGCUGUGACUGCCGCCUUGCAUAGAUUUACGGAGCGUAUAAUUAAAGCGCGUCGCAAGGAAAUAUUAAAAUACCAGACCGAAAUUUGCGAACAGCGAAAUCAGCAGGCACAAAAUGGCGAUAUUGGCAUCAAGCGUCGGCAGGCUUUACUCGAUGUGUUACUCUCUGCUACAAUAGCUGGGCAACCAUUAAGCGAUAACGAUAUACGCGAGGAAGUGGACACCUUCAUGUUUGAGGGUCAUGACACUACAAAAAGUGGCAUAGGUUAUACGCUCUAUUGUAUUUCCCGCAAAAAGGAGGUACAAGCUAAGCUUUAUGCAGAAAUUGUUGAAGUGCUCGGCACGAAUAUGCAGCACGCGCUUACACAACGCCAACUAAUGCAAUUGAAAUAUACGGAGCAAGUUAUCAAAGAGGCGCUGCGCAUGUAUCCUCCAGUGCCAUAUAUAGGACGUACUAUUAUGGAAGAUUGUUACAUUGCUGGUAAUUGCAUACCAAAGGGCUCUAGUGUUAUCUUGGCAAUUUAUGAAAUGCAAAACGAUUUCGCUUACUUUCCGCAGCCACAACUAUUUUUACCUGAACGUCAAGUACAUGAGAAUCCCUUUGCUUUUGUGCCAUUUAGUGCGGGGCCACGCAAUUGCAUUGGACAACGUUUUGCAAUGCUUGAGAUGAAAGCGUUUAUUGCACGUAUUAUGCAGUUAUAUGAGCUGCUACCACUAGGCGCUGAUGUAGUGCCGACUGUGCGAGUUGUAUUAAAAUCAAAAACUGGUUGGCAAAUGGGAUUCCGUAAGCGGAAUGUUAUGGUUUAAACACAAAAUCAAUAAACGCAAUAUUUGUUAACUGGA